ACUUCACGGCCGAACGUUCAGGCAGAGACAUAUGCAGAUUUUCCUUGAUAGAGCUUAAUUGCUGUUGUUCAACGAGUAAAAAAUAUGAUACAUUUACCGACUCCUGCCUUGGCUGGUGCUUCACCGACUGUAACAAUACCUCAUCCGGCGGCUCAGAAUCGUCAUGCAAGGGGCACUUCAUGCGCAUCUUCCUUCAUGAUAGAUGAUAUUCUCGGAAAAGGAAAAAAUGUUUCAACCUCUGAAGUUAUGAAAACCGUUCAUCUUAAACCAACUUUACCAGAUUUACCCUACAAUUAUCCUUUGACAAUCCAAACCCCUUGUUCAGGACUACCUUCACAUGCUUAUAUGGGUCAUCCCAUGUCUCAACCAUCUUUCGUCCAACCUAUGAGCGUUCUACACAGGCAAAACGAUUUGGCCAUCUUUACGGCAGGAAGAAGUCCAUUUGCAUCAAAACCAUAUAUGUGGGGACCGUACAUGCAACGCCCGUUGCAUAAACGAAAAGGUGGUCAAGUUCGCUUCUCAAACGAUCAAACAAUUGAAUUAGAGAAAAAGUUUGAAAAUCAAAAGUAUCUCUCUCCCCCCGAAAGAAAGAAGUUGGCAAAAUCUUUGCAAUUAACCGAGAGACAAGUUAAAACUUGGUUUCAGAACCGACGAGCAAAAUGGAGACGCCUUAAACAGGAAUCUCCAAUGGCUGCUGAUAGAGACGAAUAUGAUGGAGAUGGAAAGAACAGCAGUUGUGAAUCAGAUUCUGAAGAAAUCGAAGUAGUUGCUGAUUGUGCAGCGAAUAAUUAG